ACUUUUGGAAGAAGUAGGCCUGCAAAGUACAAACUAUACAGACGGCGAACAACACAAAAAUAAAAAUUUUCCAACUAUUUCCCUCAGGAAGGCAACAUGGAUGCUUCCAUUACAUUUUCCAACCUCACCCAGAAGUGGUUUGACUCCCUGCAGGGUUGGCGCUUGCAGUUCUUCUUCAUCCCUGCCACCCUCGUUACACUGAUCACUUUCGCCACCAACCCUGUGCUCCUCACAUGCAUCUUCCUGUCCCGCGCCUUGCGCCAGGAGACCCGCUACCUGCUGGUGGCCAACACCCUGGCUGCAGACCUGCUCUUCCUCACGCUGAACCUGGCCACGGUGUUCUGCAACGCCCUGGGCGUCCACAUCCCCCCCACGCUCUGCCAGCUGGACAUGGUCUUCACUGUCACGGCCUACUGCUGCGCCAUCCUCACCGUCACCGUCAUGGUGGCCGACACCUACGCCGCCGUGCGCUGGCCCCUGCACUACCGCGAGCUGCUGCCGCCGGCGCGCACCGUCCGCAUCCUGGUGGGGCUGUGGGUGGUGGCGGCGCUGUACCCGCUCUCCAUGUGGAUCAUGAUGGAGAUGACGGAGGGCAACGCCAGCGCGGUGGACACGCCCAUCUGCCUGGUGCUCAUCUCGCUGGGCUUCAUCCAGGCCACCAACAUGGUGGGGGUGCACAUCUACUUCUGCGCGGCGGCCCUCGUCUGCACCCUGCUCAUCGUCUACUGCUACGUGCGCCUCUACAUGGUCACCAAGACCCAGGGCAUCUGGCAGAGCCGCUACUCCCGGGCGCGGGUCACGCUGCUCGCCCACGGCGUCCUGCUGUUGCUCUACUUCGUGCCGGGCCUGGUGUUCACCGUGGAGCUCUUCCUGUUCCAGCAGGACGACGUGAGCCAGGACGCGCGCGUGUGGAUCAACACCAUCAACAUGUGCAUCCUCAUGCUGUUGCCCAGGGCCUUCGCCCCCUGCCUGUACGGGCUGAGGUACAGGGAGAUCUCGGACACACUGGUGCAGCUGCUGCACCGCCGCCGGAGACUCUGUAAGGUGACGGGAGCCUGAGGACCUCGCAGGGACUGUGUGCCGUCGACGUCAGUGUGCUCAGGUUAAACAGAAGGCUCCCAAUCACCGCGAUGAUUCAUGUGUUGCCCCCUGUACUGUGGCGUCUAUCACCUGAAUUCCCCGGGAUUAAUCAAGUACUCUCUUAUCUUAUCUGACCAUGACGUACCAUGACGAAACCACUGUGUAUUUAUAGCUCUUUUUUAUGUAUUACAUUUUUCAAGCCAAUUUAGACAUUUAGAUAUCUGACAUUGCUUGUAGACUUCAAAAACGAAGUCUACAAAAAUUUGUGGAUAUCAGCGAUGAAAGCGUAUAUCUUUAUCCAUGUAAUUCCAUCUAUGUUGAUAUACAUACCAA